GGGCAACCCUGGCACCAUCGAUAAACGCUUGCAUCACCGCUUUCUCUUUCUAACACACGCAGCUGCACCAUCACAAAACGGAAUAAAGAAGAACGUAGAAAUGGUCAUUAAUAUUUUUAUAAACAGUAAACAUUUAAUUACCUGCGCGGACGACAGCGAUUAUGAUGAACUAUGCAGCCGGAUCGAGAAGCACACGAACCUCCAGUCCGAGGAUUAUUACCUGAUAAGCAAUGGCAAACUCCUAAAGGACAAGCUCCUCACUCACGGAAAUGUACACUGCAUCCUCCGCCAGGUGGGUGGCAAGGGUGGGUUCGGUUCCAUGCUUAGAGCCAUUGGCGCUCAAAUAGAGAAGACCACCAAUCGCGAGGCCUGCCGUGAUUUGAGCGGGCGCCGAUUGAGGGACAUCAACGAGGAGAAGCGGGUGCGCGCCUGGCUGGACAAGCAAGGCGAGCGAGAACGUGAGGCCGAGGAGCGCAAGAAGCGAAAGAUCGAGAAGCUCCUGGCCGUGCCCAAACACGACUUCAAGGAUGACGAGUACGAAGAGGCUAGGGCUAAUCUCACCGAGAAGGUGAACGACGCCUUCGAGGAGGGACUAAAGAACGCAGAGGAGAUCAGCAAAGAAAAGCAGGCUGCCCAGGACGAACCCUCUACCAGUGGCGGCACCAAGCGGAAAUCUCCCACCGAAGACAAGGCAAAGGCCAAAAAGAAGAAAAAGGGAGCCCUCUGGAUUGGCGAUGAUAUCUCCGGUUCCGACUCUGACACAGACGACAGUGAAGAAGAGUCGAAGAAAAAGGCCAUCAAGAACUAGUAGCGACAACCGCAUUUAAAAUUUGAAUGAUUCAGAUUUAAUAGUUUUAAAAUUAAUACUAUGCACUAAGAGUAGGAUUAAUAUGUAGGUAUUUGUAAAAAUAAACGAUUGCCUCACGGCGACACAAACUGCGA